AUGGACAAGAGCCGGAGGGGACGUGAGAGCCACGCGACGUCAGUGACACCAGGGAGACCGGUGGAGAAAUACGACGAAGCAAAGGGUGCAGGGCAAGCCGAGGCCGGGACGCAGACGGAAGAACAGGGAGAAGAGAAGGAUGGACGCGGACGGCUGGUGCAGGGUGGGAGCGCGGGACCUCGCAGAGGACGAGGGAGAAUGCGCAUCGCGGCUGGACGCACUCUCAGCCGAGACCGUAAGGACAUCAAGCCGGGGCGUGGCACAGGACGCAGGCCCUGGCGGGAGCCCUCAAAGUCCCGAACCGACCCGGUGGCCAAGUCCAAGGGCCGGAUCAAAGUGCCGCCCCCGGUGGACCCGGCGGAGAUGGUGGUCCUGAAGGACCGGUACUCGGAGUACCAGCUGCUCACGAGGGCGCUCCGCCUGGAGUUCAAGGAGGAGGUGCUUCGAAAGAAGUACGAGGAGGAGACGGGCUCCCUGGCGGAGGAGAGGGCGAGGCAGGAGGCGGAGGAGCACCGAGCCCUCAUGGCCUGGAACAACCAGGAGAACCUCCGCCUGCUGAAGCUCAGGAUUCAGAGGAUCCGGGUGGAGGAGGAGGAAGCUGAGAGGAAGCAGCAGGAAGCUGCCGUGAAGCGAGAGCGAGAGCAGCAGGAGUUCAUCCGAGAGAGAGAGCAGGAAAUCCUGCAGCUGCAGGAGGACGCAAAGAACUUCAUCACCAUGGAGAACUUGGACCAGCGGAUAGAAGACGCUCUGGACAAUCCAAAGAACUACAACUUUGCCAUCGACAGAGAAGGACGCGUUGUUAAACAGACGACGCUGCAGUGAAACGCUGACGACAGAAGAAGAAGAAGAUGAUCUCUUCAUCUCUUCAGUGUCACUGGAGGGUUAAUGUGCCGUCAUGUGAUCAGAACCAGGCCGUGUUGGACACGUGUUGGACCAGCAUGACUCAGCAUGUUGUGAUCGUUCCUGUCUCAUGAUAAUCUGUGUAGAGUAAAUUAAAUGUUUGAGUUUCCACUAAA